AUGCAAAAUCUCAGUGAGUUUUUCACAGAAUUUCAGAUGAAUCCAGUAAUGAAAUUUCAGUGCUUUUUGCUUUCUGCCUCUUCACUGCUUUUGGAGCAAGCAUUUUGUACGUCGAUCGAGACGAAUCCAUCGGGUAUCAGACUCACACCAAAUUACUCAAUGGUGCUGAAUGUAAGUGAAUGAGUUCGUAGCUCCAUAAAAAAUUAGCACAUUUCAGUUUCUUUCUCGUCAUGUCUCAAACACUGCACUCGCUACUUCUGCGGCGACAAUGUCUCUCGCCCUGUUCGAGCCGUUUCUCAAGGUGAGUCAUCUCCGAUCAGUUUUCCCAAAUUCAAUUGUCUUUCUGCAGACGAAGCCUUCGAGACAUCGAUGAGAGAGAUGCAAGUGAUUGCCAGAAUCGCCACUGCAAUCUACGUGCAACGAGGGCUUAUCGAGGGGACCAUCCCGGCCGAUGAGCUCAUUUCGGACCUGCUUCGGAUGGGAACGGUCACUCCCAAUCACAUCAUCGGAAUGGACAAGAAGAAUCUGACGGACGCACUCCAGGCACUUCAGGAUCUGCCGACGAAACUGAAAGACACGGCGAGGAUGGACGGGGUGCUGAAAUUGCUGGAUUCGUUGCGGAAAGACGUGGAGGGAAGUGGCGACGUCGGAAAUUGGGACAGUUCUGUUUUCAAGUCGGACGUCGAGGCGAUGGCUCGGAAUGGACUCAACUUGACGUUCGUCGUCGAUCUGGACAGUGCCUUCGCGAAUUAUAAAGCAUUUCGGGAUUUGCUUAUUGCCAAUCAAUGCUCCACAACGAACGCAAACUAUUGUUUUCCGAAUAUCAAAGAAGCAGUCGACAAGUUGAUUUCUAUGGCCGGAACGAUCAUGUCUGAAAGCUCAAAAGUUCUGAAGUUUGCUCGAAUUGAGAAUGCCACGUCAGCAAUGGGACCAAUCAUGAAAGCGGUCGCCGGCUACGAAAAGUUCCAAAAAAUUGAAACUGAAACGGGUCAUACUUCGAAAGAUACGGCCGACUUACAAUCAAUCAGCGAUAACUUCGAUCUUCUGUUCAACACCACGCGACAGAUGAAAGAAGUUCAGCCUCUGUUGGACUUUGUCAAGAAACUGAUCGACGCGCAGAGUGUUGCCGGAGAGACACAGUCGCCGAAGCACACUGCCGGAUGGACGGAAGGAGCAGGCGACAUCAACCAACUGUUCACCGAUGUCGACAGUCCGUGGAUCGGUCAAGUGGUGAAGGAGAACAGACUGUCGAAGUCGUUCAAUCCACUGAAGAAUCUCGGAGCACCUUUCGAUUCAAUCCAUCGGGAACUCGAACUAGAGCUGUCUUCUCAAAUCGCCCAGCUCAUAGUCCAUUCGAACGAGCUCAUUCCAGAAACUUCAAAGGAACUGUCAUCAGCUGCUAACGGUCUCCACACUUGCCGAACCGCCUUCGCUCCACAAUCAGUACAAGUUGUCGAUAUUUCCAGUCUCCGAGCCAAUGUGGAAUCACUUGAUGCGACUAUGACCACUUUACGCACGGCGGUGAGGAAUGUGACUGAUUAAUUGACGAGCGGACUGCAAAUGUUCAAGGACAUCAGUGCAAUGUGCAAAGAAGCCAAAGAAAAACCGGAGGAACUAAAGAGCGUCGUUGAGAAAUUCAAGAACUAUAAAGAUCUGGACAAUAUGAAGAAGUUGGUUGAAGAUGUAGAUCUACUUCUGGCGCCUUUGAAAGCAGAAAAAAGCAAAGGAGAUAUAAAAACAGCAGCUCAAAAAAUUGUUGGUAACUUCACUGUCGUAGAAACUACGAAGAAUUCUCUGAAAGGGUACGGAAAUUUCUUCACGUGUCUCCAGAAUGUGAGGUUAUCCGAUUCGGUGGUCAAAUCGCUUGAGAAAACGAGAAAUCUGAGAACGAGCCAAGCAUCGUCUCCAGCGAACCAAGGACAACAAAUCGCGAAGAAAGUCGUCAGCACCGCGGACCAACUGGCAGCCGUCAAAGAGAUUCUGGAGAAGAUGAAAAAGUUCAGAAGCGACGAGGCCGAUGCUCUGACGCUCUUCGAAGACUCGCACACGCAUUCCGCAGUCAUCGGAGCAUCCACUCGAGCAGUCAUGCGAAUGAGCACGCUGUUGGAUAAGAAAUUAUUGAUUGACGAAAUCACCAAAAACUAUGAAGUUGUCAAGGCCAAGAUGACAUUGGAUCGGAAACCGUUCACCAAGGAAGAUGAGAACACGUUGAAGUCGAUUGCCUCAAUUAAACCGCUCUUUGCCGGAUUGUUCACCGAACUGUCAAAGUGGAAGAUCAGCAUCAAAACGAGUGGAUCCACUGCUUUGAAGAAGCGCGCGAAUCUGUUUCCAUCCACCACGUCGAUCAGUGUCCAGACGGAUUUGAAGGCUUUGAUUGCGAGUGUGACCAAAUUGGAACGAAAUGUGACUGAUCCGGACGUCAAGACGAAGCUGAAGGAGAUUAUAACUGCUCAACCGUCUUUCGACAAGGUCGACGCUUCGUUGGUUGCUCUGGACGACUUCUUUGCCAAGUACAGCCGGAAACUCGCACCGUCUCAAUCGCAACAAUCGAUGUCUGCUUUGCAGAACAACACUUUGAGGGUGAUUGCUGUUGCGGCGAGCACGGCGGCUCCGUCGUUUUUCGAGUGA